GUCCCACUCUCAGAUCAGACUGACAGUAACGAGUGGAGGCACACACACUGAGAGACAAGACGACCGAGGAGACAGGAUCUCGCUGAGGAUUUUAGGAGUGUGUGUGUCCUGUUGCUUUGGUUUGUGUGUGUCCUGUUGUGCCUGAGUGUAUUUUGGUGAUGGCACUCCAACUUACAGUCCCGGUGUGUAUGUCCAUGUUACUGUGGUCAUGUGUGUGUGGCUUUAACCUGGAGACCACUGACACCCUGAGCAAAGAGGGGGAACAUGGGAGCUUCUUCGGCUUCUCACUUGCCCUCCAUACGCAGACCACCCCCCAUCGGCAGAGCUGGAUCCUGGUGGGGGCACCGCGAGCUCGCGGUCCAGGUCACCUGCGUCACACUCACACAGGUGCGCUGUAUCGCUGUCCAAUCACAGCUGAGGAGUUUGACUGUGAGCGAGUUGAAAUCGAUGGAGACGUACGUUUGGACAGAGAGAGUAAAGACAAUCAGUGGCUGGGCGUGACGGUGAAGAGUCAGGGCAUCGGAGGAAAAGUUGUGACUUGUGCUCACCUGUACGAGCUCCGACAGCGCGUUAGCCAGCCAUCCGAGACGCGCGACCCGAUCGGCCGAUGCUACGUCCUGAGCGAAGACCUGAGUGAGAGAGAUGACCUGGAUGGAGGAGAGUGGAAGUUCUGUGAAGGUCGUCCUCAAGGUCACGAGCAGUUCGGGUUCUGUCAGCAGGGACUGGCGGCGAGCUUCACCCCCGAUAAUAACUACAUCCUGUUCGGAGCGCCCGGAACCUACAACUGGAAAGGUGAGAUGCACGUUCAGCUGCUGAACCAGACAGUGCUGGACUGGGGUUACUACGACGACGGGCCGUAUGAGGUGGCAGAUGAAAGACAGUUAAAUGCUGCGUUAAUUCCUCUUCCAUAUCACAGCUACUUGGGGUUUUCGGUGGACUCAGCUAAAGGAGUGAUGCAGCACUCAGAGUUGACGUUCAUAGCCGGAGCGCCUCGUGCUAAUCAUACCGGCGCUGUAGUGCUGCUGAGAAAGGACAACGCGUACCGCCUUGUCCCUGAGGUCAUCCUGUGGGGGGAGGAGCUAGCAUCCUCGUUCGGAUACUCCGUCUCUACAAGUGACCUUAACCAGGAUGGGUGGACGGAUUUAAUUGUGGGCGCUCCAAACUUUUUCGACCGUAAGGCAGAAAUCGGCGGGGCGGUGUACGUGUUCCUGAACCCAGCCGGGCACUGGGAUGAGGCGCGACCCAUCCGCCUCAACGGAACCUACGACUCCAUGUUUGGCAUGACGGUGAGCCCUGCGGGAGACCUUGACCAGGAUGGAUAUGCAGACUUUGCAGUCGGCGCACCAUUUGAUGGACAUGGGAAAGUAUAUAUUUUCAGAGGUUCAGCUGAAGGACUCGACACUAAACCGGCUCAGGUUCUGGACGGGUCAAAUGCAGGAGUGUCCCGUUUCGGUUACUCUAUAUCCGGAGGUUUGGAUAUCGAUGGGAAUUUGUACCCGGACCUGGUGGUCGGAUCUCUCACUGACCAGGUGGUUCUGUUCAGGGCACGGCCGGUGAUCCAUGUGGUCAGGGAUAUUUCGGUGGACCCGCAGCACAUAGACCUGACGCAGCACACCUGUACGGGCCGAGCGGGAGUGUGUGUGGAAGUGAAGGCCUGUUACAGCUACACAGCUCAGCCUGAGUCUUACUCACCUUACAUCACUCUCGGGGUUCAUUUCGAGGCAGACACUGAGCGCAGGAAAUCAGGGCUGCAGCACAGAGUUUACUUUCUGGGUCGAAGGUCAUCUGAACCUGAAUACACUCAUUCAGAGGAGCUCGAGCUGAGAGGCCAAAAUCACCCAGCCUGCCAAACCGCCACAUUCGUACUGCAGGAGAACAUCAGAGAUAAACUGCGUCCGGUCUCGCUGGCCAUCACACACACCAUAAAGAAGACGCGACACUAUGGACACGGUGCUGAUCACACACACCAUCGUCUGGGCCACCUCACCCCCGUGCUGAGUCUCACCCCUUCUAACACACUCCACUCUGAGGUGAACUUCAUCAGAGAGGGCUGCGGCGAUGACAACAUCUGCCAGAGUAACCUGAAGCUGAGCUACAGAUUUGGGACACGACCCUCAAUUUCAGAUCUCUUCACUGCUUUACCAAUAGGUGAGGACGGUGUGCCUGUGUUUUCUCUUACUGAUCAGAGAUCAGUGGUUUUGGAAGUGACAGUGACGAACAUGCCCUCUGACCCUGCCUACCCCGAGGAGAAUGGAGACGACGCCCACGCUGCCCAGCUCACAAUCACAUUGCCACACACACUCACCUACUCCGGAGUCAGGGGUCAGGUGGUGUGUGAGGCGAAUCAGAAUGGCUCCCAGGCAGAAUGCGAGCUUGGAAACCCCCUAAAGAGAGAUGCUGUGUUGACGUUCUACAUUAUUUUGAGCACGUCAGGCAUCACCGUGGAAACCAUGUCUUUAUCAGUUGACCUGCAGAUGUCCACGAUCAGUGAACAGCUCCACCUGUCUCCUGUUACGGCACUUGCCCGAGUAGUGAUCGAACUUCCUCUGACUGUCAGCGGUGUGGCUCGUCCUCAUCAGCUGUUCUUUAGUGGAACAGUUCGAGGUGAGAGUGCAAUGGAGACGCUGGAGCAGACGGGGAGUGAAGUGGAGGUCGAGUUCACUGUGUCUAACAGUGGACAAUCUCUGCAAACUUUUGGCUCGGCGUUCCUCAACAUCAUGUGGCCUCACGAACUGGCCAAUGAAAAGUGGCUGCUUUACCCGACCAGUCUACACUCGGACCAUCCACACACACACUGCACACACCGCUCAGCGCUCAACUCACUCAGCCUCAAAGACACACACACACAGCAGCUUCAGGUGAGGAAAACUCGCUCGUACCCCGAGGAGGAAGGACGAGCACAGAGGAAGAGCAACGUGAAUGACAACACACCUGCUGUCUCCGCUAACGAGAGGCGCAAAUCCCUCAAGCUGGACUGUGUGUUAGGUUCGGCCAAAUGUGUGGUGUUUCAGUGCGCGCUGCAGAAGUUCUCCGGUUCUGCCAAGUUCACUAUCAAAGCUCGUCUCUGGAACAGCACAUUCAUAGAGGAGUUCUCAGCAGUCAGUGUGUUGGAGGUGUUGAUCAGAGCGAACAUCUCGGUGAGGUCUAACAUUAAACAUCUGAUGCUGAGAGAUGCUGCUGCACAGGUGUCAGUGAUGGUGUAUCCCGAGCUGAGUGUGUUGGAUCAGUCAUGGGUUCCAUGGUGGAUUAUCCUCAUCGCUAUAUUAGCUGGUGUAAUCGUCCUCGCUCUGAUAGUUUGUAUUCUGUGGAAGUUUGGAUUUUUCCGGAGGUCUCCCUAUAAGGACAGCGUUCCUCAGUAUCAUGCAGUGCGAAUCCGACAACAGGAACGUUCUCAUCUCCACCCCGACCUACAACCUGAAAAAUCCCCCAAACCUGAAAAAAACCCCACACCACACGUCAAACAGUGGAAGACACAGUGGAGUGAUGGCGCACAUUGACAAUCAAACACCCACACAUGCGCACACACAGACAUACACACAAACACACACACUGAGUUUAUUAAGCAUGUUCUAAUAAUCAGUUAAACGAUAUAUUACAUGCAUACACAGCAGCGUUAUAGUAAAGACUUCAGAAUUCCAGAAUUUCCCUGUAUUCCACUAAGUAGGCUGCCUACAAAGGGAAUAUGGUGUAUCUUUAUGGCCCAUAUUUGGAAUAGGGUGUGUCUUUGUUGUCCAUAUUUGGAAUAGGGCUUUUCUUGAUGGACCGUAUUUGGAAUAGAGUGUGUCUUCAGGUCUAUAUGGAAUAGGAUGUAUCUUUAUGGUAUUUUACAGGUCUUAAAUGGCUAGUGAUGUGAGUACAAUCAUGAAAAACACUUUAGCAUGGUUAACGUUUAGGUGGGUAUGUCUUUGUAGUGAUAAAUAAGCCAGAUGGACAAACACUUGACCACAGACAAACCCUCUUCCUUAAUUUGGAUAAAUGUGGAAAAGCACAUAACUGUAAUCCUAUAAUUCUGUUAAAGUCUACAAGGAAGGAUGUCUCGGACACAAAACUGGAAAAUAUCAUAACUGUUGUCAGGUCUAAGGUUCACCUGUGGCUGCUUUUACAUUGAACCCUUAGCAAUAAAUAAUGUUUGUCCAAGAGCAACACACACACACACACACACACACACACAAAUGUACAUACAUACAAAUGUAUAUUUAUGCUGCUGAGUGGCAUCUUCUUUUUAUUAGCUUAAACACUGUUAAUGUCCAUGAGACAUAUGCAAAGUUUACUAACGUGCUGCGAGCUUACACUAAUACACUUGUGAUUCACAUAUUUGCCAGAUAGAGAGCACCUGAAUGGAAACUAUUCUACAGCUCAGGUACCCUGUGUUGGGAAAACGUGAAUAUGUUGAUAAUUUAGGCAUUUGUAAUCGAAGACUUUUUCAGGAAAUUAGUGGAUGCUGUGUAACGAUCCUGAUGUUUUAUCUCUCUGUUAAAUCGAUGUUUAAGUUUUCAGACAUAACCAUUUUUUGUUCCCAAUAUUUUAUGUAUUUCCACACUUACUCAUCACAGUGCAUUUCUAGAAAAAAAGCUGUUAUUUAAUUCUUUGCUGUAUAUAAAUAUAUAUAUAUAUAUAAAAGAAUAAAUGAAGGUUUAGAAACUCUUCUUGAAAGGGCGCUCUUGGUACAUUAUAGAAAAUGUGUGUCUGUUAUUUGUCAUUUCUGAUGCAAGUGCCUUACAGGAACAUUACUGAAACCUAAACAUCAUUCAGAGGAGCUGAGUUUAUUCACAACACUUCCUAUUAAAAUGUUAAACAAACAUCGAGUGUAAGAUACACUCACCUAAAGGAUUAUUAGGAACACCAUACUAAUACGGUGUUUGACCCCCUUUCGCCUUAAGAACUGCCUUAAUUCUACGUGGCAUUGAUUCAACAAGGUGCUGAAAGCGUUCUUUAGAAAUGUUGGCCCAUAUUGAUAGGAUGGCAUCUUGCAGUUGAUGGAGAUUUGUGGGAUGCACAUCCAGGGCACGAAGCUCCCGUUCCACCACAUCCCAAA